AUGAGACUUUCCUAUACCACUCAUUCCCCGUCACACGUUGACGCCGAGGGUGCGAUAAUCAUCGAAGCGAUCCGCUCUCGGCGCUACCCACGCGGCCUCACUCCCCUGGAUCUUGCCCUUUUGCAUGCGCCGCAUAUUGCCGGUGGCUGGAACGCCUUUCUGGGUGCCGUCCGCAACCAUUCUUCUCUGCCGGAUGACCUGCGCGAGAUUGCCAUCUGCCGAGUCGCCGCGGUCAAUCGAGCAUGGUAUGAGUGGAUGCACCAUGCACCUCUAGCGGUCGGCAGGGGCGGCAUGUCGGAGGAUUCCGUUACCUUUCUCCUCGAACCAGCAGAGCUUCAAACUGUCGAGACUCCGUCGGACUACACUGAGAGGCAAUGGGUCGUGGCAGUUGUAGCGGAUGAGAUGACGCGCCACAUCGGCGUACCAGACGACAUAUUCGCUUCGCUCAAGAGGUUAUUCUCUGAGAGUGAGAUUGUGGAGAUAAUAUCUACGAUUGCUUGCUAUAAUUGUGUCAGCCGUUUUCUCGUGGCGUUGGAUGGUCUGGAAACCUUUCCCUAA